CAGGAAAGCGCAGGCUCGGCGCCACCGCCCACGCUCGCUCCUGCAGUUGGUGUCUGCCUGGGCCCGCGCGUGACCGGCAUGAGCGCGUUCGCGGGCUAGUGACCGCGUCAGCGAUGGACUGCGGCUCCGUCGCGAACGAGAGGCCGAAGCGCCGGCGGCGGCUUCUGCUCUCCCUGGCCGCCGGCCGUGGUGGAGGCCCCGGAGGCCGCGGCGUCCCCACGCGCCGCCUCCUGCCCGGGCUCCUCGGCGGUCUGGGGGCGCUGCGCCCCGUCGCCCCGGCGGCCCGCGGCGGCGCGUCACGUGUCUCCCCGCUGCUCUUCCUCCUGCUGCUGCCCUCCCCGCGCCGGCCGCUGACUGACUGGGAGCGCUCGCGCGCCGGGCCCUCGGCUGCCCCGGCGGCCCGCGGCGGCGCGAAGAGGUGCCACCCGGGCCUGGCCCCGGGCGUCGCCUGUGCGGCGGGCGCGCUCCACCUGUGCCUCGGCCAGGUGGCCGCCCUCGCUUCCUCCAGGAGAGAGCUGAGCGUCUGUGCUGGGAGCCUGCAUCUGGAGAGCAAAAGGAGAGAUUUCACCUCUUCUCGGAGUAGGAAACUCUACUUUGACACCCAUGCCUUUGUGUGUUUACUCGAAGAAAAUGGGUUUACUACUCAACAAGCAGAAAUCAUUGUCUCUGCCUUAGUCAAAAUCAUGGAGGCCAACAUGGAUAUCGUCUACAAAGAUAUGGUCACCAAGAUGCAGCAGGAGAUCACUCUUCAGGAAAUAAUGUCUCAGAUUGCUAAUGUGAAAAAAGAUAUGAUUAUUUUGGAGAAGAGUGAAUUUUCAGCCCUCAGAUCAGAAAAUGAGAAAAUAAAACUGGAACUACAUCGGUUAAAACAACAAGUAAUGGAUGAAGUGAUCAAAGUCCGAACAGAUACCAAAUUAGAUUUCAAUCUAGAAAAGAGCAGAGUAAAAGAAUUGUAUUCAUUAAACGAAAGGAAGCUGCUGGAAGUAAAAACAGAAAUGGUAUCAUUGCACGCCCAGCAAGAUCGGGACAUCACGCAGACAGACAGGAAGAUAGAUACCGAGGUUGCUGGCCUCAAAACCAUGCUUGAGUCACACAAGCUUGAUAAUAUUAAAUAUUUAGCAGGAUCUGUAUUUACGUGCCUAACAGUAGCUCUGGGAUUUUAUCGUCUGUGGAUGUAAUAAAGUGUCUAUUUAAAGAGCAUUUUAUUGUUUUGCCUUAAAAAUACCAGAUUGCUGUGCUUUUUUUUCUCAUUUCCAAUUUUAAUGCUGAUUUUUAAAUUUAAUGCAUAUUAUUUAUUUUAUGCAAAUUAUGGACAUAUAACCAAGGCAGAGAAGUGAGAAAUUUCAUAACUGCUUCUUCCAUCUUUUCUGUUUAGUUGACUUUAUAACUCUGAGUGGUGGUGGACGAAACAAGGAAGACUCCACUCAGCUGGGCCACUGAACUUGGUCUAACCUUUGGGACAUACCAACAGUAAAUAUUUGUAUAACUCUCCACAAUUUUAAAUCUUCUGUUUUAAUCGAGGAUUUGGGGUCUCCAUUUAAAAGGCACAGGAGCUUUACUAAGUGCUGAAGAAUCACUGUAACCAAACCAAGAGCACUGAAUCCUCUUCACCUACUGACCCAGACCCUAAUGUCAGCCGGUCCCUGUGUUAGAGGUUGUGUUUCAAGUCCAGUUGGUUGGUAGCCUCAUGCUUCAUUGUACUUUACACCCAAAAGAGAUUUUUUUUCUUGUAA